UGCAGACAUAGUACAGGAGAUGACCAGAGACUGCGGACAAAGUACAGGAGAUGACCAGAGACUGCAGACAUAGUACAGGAGAUGACCAGAGACUGUACAGGAGAAGACCAGAGACUGCGGACACAGUACAGGAGAUGACCAGAGACUGCGGACACAGUACAGGAGAUGACCAGGGACUGCGGACACAGUGCAGGAGAUGACCAGAGACUGCGGACACAGUGCAGGAGAUGACCAGAGACUGCGGACACAGUGCAGGGAAUGACCAGAGACUGCGGACAACAGUACAGGGGAUGACCAGAGACUGCGGACACAGUACAGGGAAUGACCAGAGACUGCAG